AUGGCGUCGGACUUCUUUGAUUUGGCCACGGAGAAUGCACUCCAGCAGUUUCUCGUUGAACAUCCAAACAACCGCCGUAUCUCGCUGGCAGAGAAAGAGAAAGUGAUCGGUUGGCUGACGAAUGCGGCACAGGCUUGCUCGCCAGACGAGUUUAGUAGACGAAACUAUGCGCGAAAGACUUUCACCUGGGAAAAGGACACUCAACAGCUCUUUACUACCGCAAAGAACAAGGACGGUUGCGCUCGGCUUGUGGUGACGUGUGAUCAGAUCGUACAAACCGUUAGGUCAGUUCACCAAAACAAUGGCCACGCCGGAUGGGACGCCACAUGGAGGGAUGUCAAAGCGUCCUACUACGGCAUUUUGCGCGCCGAUGUCAUCUUCCUCCUUAAGCGAUGUCGCGUCUGUGCACACGACCCUCGGAAACGUCCGAAAGGGCAACCCUCCAGGUCGCCCGAUCCGCAGUUCAAUAGCGAGCUUACCGGCUAUAUCCUGAACCCCAACAACAUUGCAUUCGGAUAUGAAGGACAAUCGGAUACCGCGGGCUAUUUCCCGAACCCCAACGACAUUGCAUUCGAGUAUGAAGGACAAUCAGAUGCCGCGGUCUAA